UGUUUCCGGUCGGAGACGUGGCUCUGCUCUUCCUACAGGAUACGAGGCGGCCUGCUUGGUCCUUUCAGGGAAAACAAACAUAUUGGUCAGGCGCUUAUUGUGUUGCUGUACACUGGCAAAACGUGUCGCUGUGGAAUUAAGCACCUUGAAACGGAGCAAAAAUGGUGCUUUUGGCAGCGGCAAUAUGUACCAAGGCAGGAAAAGCCAUCGUGUCGCGGCAGUUCGUAGAGAUGACGCGAACCCGCAUUGAGGGACUCCUGGCUGCUUUUCCUAAACUGAUGGGAACAGGAAAGCAGCACACCUUUGUUGAGACGGACAGCGUGCGCUAUGUCUACCAGCCCUUGGAGAAGCUCUACAUGGUUCUUGUCACCACAAAGAACAGCAACAUUCUGGAGGACCUGGAAACGUUGAGACUCUUCUCUCGGGUGAUCCCUGAAUACUGUCGUGUACUGGAGGAGGGGGAGAUCUCAGAACACUGUUUUGACCUCAUUUUUGCAUUUGAUGAGAUUGUUGCCCUGGGCUACAGGGAGAAUGUCAAUCUGGCUCAGAUCCGUACUUUCACCGAGAUGGACUCGCACGAGGAGAAGGUCUUCCGUGCAGUCAGAGAGACCCAAGAACGGGAGGCAAAUGCAGAGAUGAAAAGGAAAGCAAAAGAGCUGCAGCAGGCAAGGCGAGAUGCUGAACGUGCAGGCAGAAAAGCUCCGGGCUUUGGAGGGUUUGGAAGUUCGGGAAUGAGCAACCUCAGCCCCGCUGCCAUCAUUGCUGAAUCAAUGGUGGAACCAGAGAAGCCUAAAAUGGCCUCCGCCCCAGUUAGGCCAAGUGGUCCAAGUAAAGCACUGAAACUGGGUGCCAAAGGAAAAGAGGUUGAUAACUUUGUAGACAAACUGAUGUCCGAGGGAGAAAACGUCAUCCCCAGUGCAGGAAAGAAGCAGUCAGAUGUGUCUAAAGUUCUUCAGCCUCCAGUAAACACAGAGGGUGUACAUCUUAAGAUAGAGGAGAAGAUAUCUCUCACCUGUGGACGUGACGGUGGACUGCAGAACAUGGAAGUCCUGGGAAUUAUAACCCUGAGGGUCACCGAUGAGACAAAUGGCCGUAUCCGCUUGCACGUUAACAACAAUGACAAGAAAGGGGUGCAGCUGCAGACCCACCCCAAUGUAGAUAAGAAGCUGUUCACAGCUGACUCGCUGAUUGGUCUGAAAAACCCAGACAAGGCCUUUCCCCUCAACAAUGAUGUAGGCAUUCUGAAGUGGAGACUACAGACCACAGAGGAGUCCCUCAUUCCUUUAACCAUAAACUGCUGGCCCUCAGAAAACGGUAGUGGUUGUGAUGUGAACAUUGAAUACGAGCUCCAGGAGGAAAGCCUCGAACUCAAUGAUGUAAUCAUUACGAUCCCAGUGCCGUCAGGAGUAGGUGCCCCAGUCAUUGGAGAUCUUGAUGGGGAAUAUCGCCAUGACAGCAGAAAAAACAUCCUUGAAUGGUGCCUGCCCGUCAUAGAUGAAAACAACAAAACCGGAAGUCUGGAGUUCAGCAUAGCUGGAAAACCCAAUGAUUUCUUCCCUGUUAGUGUCUCGUUUGUAUCUCGGCGCAAUUACAGUGACAUUCAGGUGGACAGUGUGACCCAUGUGGAAGGGGGCAGCCUGGUCAAGUUCUCCACUGAGACUUUGUUUGUUGUUGACAAGUAUGAGAUACUCUAAAGACUUCUUCUCAAAGAAAUAUUUUUCUACCCUGCCUGCCUACCUGUGUGCCAGUUUGGAGACAGUUAUACCAGACUCUCAAAAUCCCAUUCAGUGGUGUGCACUAUUGGUGUAUUUAUAUGUUUGUAUGACAAAGAAAAUUGUAUAUCUUUAUAUAAAAUGAAUAUCAGUUAAAUGAGCAGCACCUGCCAUGAAAAUAGGUGAGUCUGGAGGCCAAGGAAAUGACGUCCUUAAACAUCAACUUGCAGCUAAACAAGAACCUGGACCUAUAAGUCAUCACCGCCCUUAAUAUAAAUAAGAGAAGGAACUAGCCAGUUGCCCAAUAAAAAAUGUUUUUCAAGAUUUGUGAUACAUUGGAACCAAAUGCUCAAAUCAGUAUAUUGUUAUUAAAAUUCUUCCUUUUUACCUGAAAUGAAUGAAGACCAGUAAUGUUUUAAUUUUCACUUUCAGUUACAAAGGAACUGAUGCUGCACUUGUUGCUUCACUGUUUUCUGUGCUAAUGAGUGCAGUUCUUUUUUUUGGUGAAUGUUUAGAGUUCUUAAUUUCCUUUGUGGGUGUGACUGUAAACUUGUAAUUUUUAACCAUUUCCUUCCUGUGUUCAAUCAGUUCCUAAUGCAGCAGCUGUCCUUUAGAGUAAUGUCAAACAUCAGUGUGCAAGAGUGCACACAACCUGAAAAAGGGAAACUUCACUACACCCCUACACCAUGACAACUGCUUAAUGUGUGGUACCUGCUAUUGCAUCAUUGUGAUCUAUUGGUCACGCUUCAUUGCUGAAAGUUUAGAACGUGCUCACAGGCAAGCGUUACUCACCUGAGCCAUGCGGGGGUGAGGGGGUGAAGGCUGCCCUCCUGGUGAGAGCUCAGUCAGGUGUGUUCUGGGAAGGGGGCCUGCCUGCCAGCCAUGAACAUCUUAACAGGGUAAUGGAAAUGUAUGACUGAACCCUCCAGUCUAAGUCGUGGCUAAUAAAAGGGGUGAACAUUGGAACAGUCUGAAAGUUAAGUGUUUAGUUUCUGCCUUCAGAUUCCAUGUUGAAUGUUAAUCUACGCAAUUGUAAAUCAUGCAUUAUUAAUAAGCAUUUGCAACAUUUACAUA